GUAUAAAAAAAUUUGAAACUAUUAUUAUAUCGUCAACGCUAAAAAUAUAAUGUGUGAAGCACCAUAGACCCUGGAUAUAACUUCUUCACUUCUUUGAGGGAAUAUUGAUAUGUUUACUGUUUACAAGUGUAGGAUCGCUCGUUAUAUCGAUUGUUCCUUAAACCGAGAAAAAUUUUGGAACCACAAUUAUGGAAAAAUUUUCAGUAGAAACUUUUGAUUCAGCAGACUACAAUGGGUGCGCACGUUCAAUACCAUCUAUACCAUUUACCACUCCCUACAUCUUAGAUUGUUCUCACAAUCCUAACACAUCUCCGUUACCAAUAAAUUCUUACAACGUUUCAAGUGUUAGAUGUGGAUGUGCUAAUACAAGGCCUUUUGGUCGAACGUGCAAACCAUGGCAAAGACAAAACUUGGGACAUAUUUCUAACACUCUGACAAAUAACCCUAAUGGUUUGAUACCAAGAAAUUACCAAACAAAUGUUACCAUGAAAAGAGGCUCCCUACAGAGAAACGUGCCAAAACGUCUAUUGAAUCGAGUCCAGUGUGAUGGCGGCCUAGUUUUUGUAAAACCUCCACCAGAAUGUAAUCCGCAAGUAGCUAAAAUAGCUAAAGUGACGGCAGUUAACUCGCAAAAUUCAAAAAUAUGGAAAUUUCCACUAAAUCAGAAAACAAGCUUUCACCCGUCAUGCAACCGCAGAUUUAUUGAUUAUGGAGGAUCUAAGUCUAAACUCAAUUUUUCUCCUAUGAGAAAGGGUGCAAUGAAUAUAACCUAUAAUAGUGGGGCGUGUUCCAAAAAUUUGACUUCGAAAACUUCGAAUCAAAUAAGCUCACGUUACAUAAAAUCAAACAAGAGAUCGGACACCGUUUAUGUAAAAAGUAGUGAUAUCACUAAUUAUAAUGAGAUAUUGACUGAUAUGAAACAGUGUGAAAGCUCUCUUACACAAAUAACAGCGGUGAUCUCAAAUACAAAUUGUUCUGGAACUCAUAGCAGUGUCACAACUCGAAGCAGCUCAACUUGGGAACAUAGCUCGGCUAACGACGAUAAUAUAGAUACACAAGUUUGCAUAUGGCUUAACAAAAACAAUCGUUGUAAUGAGUCAAAGCCAGUUGAAACCGAGAACCAAAGAUUCCGUGGAAAUCAAGGCGGACUUCAAUAUUGUGAUGGAAGAAUGUUUCGUAAUACUUGCGAUGAUUGCAGUUUCACACAACACCAGCAACAAGAUACUGAACAAAGUCGCACUAAUGACACUGACGAUCCGAAUACCCGGUUCUAUAUUAAUAAAAAUAAUCAUGCAACUGGAAAUUGUUGCAACUAUCACAAGAAGGAUAUGAAUAGACCACAUGCUAUGUACGAAUAUGAUAAUAGUGCAACUGACGUCGACGAUUGCAGUGGAUACCAGUUACCAAAAUGUUCAAAAAGACUACAGAGUAAAGAUGACUAUAAUAGUCGUAGUAGGUCAAAAAGUCGCAAGAAGAGGUAUACAAGAUCCGAAAAUCAACGAGCAGAUAAAAGGUUAGAAAAAAAAGCAAGUAAACUUUCAGAAGACUUGAAAAACUAUGAAAACCUUAAUUCAUCAAAUCCACAGAAAUUUCAAGAUAAUAUGGGUAAAUACAUAAAGUUCAACAAUGAACAGAUAUCUAAUAGCGCAAAUAGUUAUCAGACUCUCAGAAAUUCCGGUGGAUGCGACACUCGUACUAUUUGUAAAAAUUUUAGAAACACCAAAAUUUAUCUUCCUGAGAAUCAAAACAAUUACAAAAAUUGUGUAAACUUUGUAGACACUAAAAAUAUCCCUGUUCUACGCAAUAAUCCAUACAAAAAUUUUGAAGAUUCGGUCACACAUAAUAAAUACAACGGCCCAAAAAAUGAAGGCUCUUACAAAUAUUCUAAAAACCAAAAUCAAAAAGAAGCAGGAUUUAUUUACGGCGAAACGUUUAAAGACUAUGCGAACGAUGUAGGCCAACACAUUAAUGACACAAAUCACCAAUAUCGUGAGAACUAUAAAAAUGAUAGUUUUGACGAAGAACCUAAUACCGAGGGUGGUACUAACAUGAGAUAUAGAAGGCGUUCGAGGUCUAACAGUAGACACAGAUAUGCACAAAGUAGUGUUAACCAAAAUCGUGAUACCAGCAAAUAUAUUAAUGAAUGUGAAAGGUUGGUUACUUGUGAUCAUUGUUGUUCCAGAUGCCGUGAUAAAUCGAACUGUCGGUACAAUUGCAACAAUUUUUCACAUAAAAAUGAGAAAUCAAAACGUAACGGUUUUGAAAACGCUGCUUGUGGGUAUGAUAAUUCAAGAUAUAUUAGCAGUAACGACACUAUUUGUGACUGUAUCAAAUCCAGAUAUCGUAGCAUCAAUGCAAAUAAUUAUAAUCAGAUCCCCUUAAAAUAUGAAAGCGAUAAUGAUAAUGUUCGUGAUUGCGGUUGUGAUUGUGACAAUUCUAGAUACUGCAAAGUCAUCAAAAAUAUUACACAUAAUAACAACGAUUUAGAAUCUCAUCAAACAUUUGGAAGCCUUAAUAGUACCGAUCACCAACAAUAUUUGCAAGUGGCAAACAAUUUUCAAGCUACUGCUAUAAGCAGUAAAUACUGUACAGAUGAGACUCCAUCAAAGAACCAAAAGUUAAAUCACAAUACUGCGAGGCCCAGGAAAUGUCUUGAGUACGAUAAUUGCAACGGUUAUAAAAAGACUGCAGAACACAAUCUAGAGUAUUUUGACGAAUUCGAUAAUCAUAUAUAUGAUAACCAAACAGAAGUUUUCAGCAUUCAUAUCCAUCCGCGUAACCAAAAGGCACUAGAAACCACCAAUAAUUACAUACCUUCUAAUGCUUUCACAGAGCAAGCACACCAUGAACCAAAAAAUGUAUGUGAACAAAUAAAUAGUAAUGAAUUUAAGAGCUGUAAACAUUGCCAAGGUCUUAGACACUGCCUGAAUUGGAGUCCGCCCAGUAAUCUUUACGAUAGUAAUAGUGCUAACAGCAGACUACGAGAACAACAUGAGCAAGAGCAGAGAUCAGACGACAAUGAAAGCAACAGCAUAAUACAAAUUGACAUUGAUAUGCUACCAAGUACCUCUAAAGGAAUACCAUUUCAAACAUGGCUCGAUAAUGCCACAGGGUGUUGUAAAGAUAAAGCUAAAAGUCAAACAAAGUUUUAUUGUGCAAAUGGACUUAAGUACUUUGAGAAAACCACUUGUAAAGAAACUUGUAAUGCAAAUGACAUUUUGCUUGAGCAACAAGCCGUUUCCACAGCCCAUAGUGACAAAAACGAAAAAAGUAAUAUACCACUAGAUUCUGAGGAUGAUGAAACAUCCAGACUUUGUCUGAGCCUAGAAAUUGAAAAUGCUCCUAGUAAAUCUGAAAGUUCCAAUGCGGGUUCAUCAGACUGUUACGAUAUAAUAGUUUCGAAAGAAAUAUCUAAAAGACCAUGCAUAAGUGAAGUCGGUAAGCAAAUGCAACAAUCUAAUGAAAAAUCUAGUGAAAUUAGACAUAAAAUGGAAUAUAUAGAAAACGUUCAUAGUUUUAAAAAAGAAAAACGAAUCUUUAAGGAUGGUACAAAUAAAGAAAUAAUUAUAGACGAACAUGUGAAAGUGGACCAAUCAUGUGGUCUGACGAAAAGUGAAGAGAUCGAUAAUAAUUGGGUUGACAUACCGAGUGAAAGUGAACAAAAUGUCUAUGCUAACUAUGCAAAGCUCUUAAUAAAUAAAAUUGCAAAAGAGAAGCAGCACAAAUUACACAGAAACCCAAGGAGUAUACUUAGAGCUAUGUUAGGCCCUCCUCUCAAACCAAGUAUUAGGAACAAUAUAACUAUUUUGGCCAGAUCGUCUGAAAAGAAGACCAUCAAAGGCAGUAAAUGCUGAACCAAGAAAAAGAAAACUAAAGUAUUUGUAUUAAGAAAAAUGUAUAUAAGCGGUGGAGAGAAUCAUUAAUUAAACUAAAUUUCCUAAGUUCAGAACUUUGUAUUGCUCACAGAAUCAACUUGAAAUAAAAAUUUUAGUUUCACA